AUGGCAAGAAACGAAGAAAUGUCUUCUAUGAAUGAAGCUCUGAAACAUGGUAUCAAAAUCCAUGAAGAGUCAUCUAAGGAGGAGUUAUUCAAAAACAUAAAGGAAGCAAAAUCGAGGCUAGAGCAGUUUCAAAGCUCGAAACCAAAGCUCCAAAAGGUUCCUGACAUGCUACGAGAUCACACAAGUUUUGAGAAAUACUAUGAGCCAAGGGCAGUAGCAAUUGGUCCAUUCCAUCAUGCUAAAGAAAGGUGUCAGCUGGCAGAGAAGUUCAAGCUUGCACUGACAGCAAAAUUUGUCGAAGACAGUGACUGCACAGCUGAAGACUUGCACAAGAUCAUUGAGGACAACAUCAACACACUAAGGGACUGCUAUGAUGAGGAAGCAACAAGGUCUUACACCGACAAGGCCCUCACUCAGUUGUUAUUCCUAGAUGGGUGUUCAACUUUACAGUUCAUAUACUCGUUUAUAUAUAAUGAGUUGCCAUAUUUCAAGAUCAAGAGGGAUCAGGUGGCUUUUGCACAACAGGAUUUGUUCUUGCUUGAAAACCAGCUCCCUUACCAAGUUCUCAAGCUGUUGAUGAACAAAAGUCACAAAAAGGAGGAGUUGAAUAACGCAAUCCAUGAUUUUGUUCGAAACAACAUCAUGGCAGCAACCAAAAAAACGCACAAACACAAAAGAGUGAGUCAACCAGAAGAUCGCAUAAACAUAAACGAGGUUGAAGAGCCAACUCAUCUUCUCGAGCUUCUCCGGACAGAAAUGCUUGGUCCAAAAGAUGAGGGCAACAAAAUUUGUACAAAUCAACGACAAUCCUUCCGCAACAUACAGGAGCUGAAAGCAGCAGGGAUCCAGUUAAAGCCUAGUAAGACAAGCACAUUGAAGGACAUAUCUUUCAAAUCUCUAGGCUUUGUAGGAUUCCUACAUCUUCCACCAAUAUCAGUAGACGACUCCAUGGGGCCUAAGUUCUUGAACUUGAUAGCCUAUGAAAUGUGUCCUGAUUUCGAAAAUGAUUUUGAGGUCACCUCUUACAUAUGCCUCUUGGAUUCACUGAUUGAUCAUGCAGAUGAUGUUAAAGAGCUACGGUCGGCAGACGUACUAUACAACCUACUUGGGAGUGAUGAAGAGGUGGCUCGACUUUUCAAUGAGAUAGGUACAGACUUGGUGCCUAACAGUGCAACAUACUGCAAUGUCAAAAACGAAAUAGAAAAGCACUACAAGAGCAAGGGGAAAACCUGGAUGGCUCAAUUCUGUCACGAGCAUUUUAGUAGCCCCUGGACUAUCCUAGCUUUCCUUGGUGUUCUAGCAGCUCUGGGGUUAAGCAGCAUUCAGACUUGGUACACCAUCACUUCUCCGCCGUCCGCCUGCGAUGCUGUAUGCGAGUGCUUGAAGAAACAGCUGAAAAUAGAGUGA